UUCGCAUCUCGCAACCUCGCAUCACGUCGAAAAUGGCCCUCAGCUAGCCCACAUGAACGACACCCCACGACGCCCACGGACGCCCACGGGCAUAUCCAAAAGCAUGUUUCACGUCAGACACACGGGUUCAGGCACACGCAACCUCUCGGUGUCCCAAUCCAGCGACCGGCGGGAGGCAAACCGGCGCCAUCUGCAGGCAAAUGCGGCAGCUGGCGUGCAAAGGCCUUUUAACAAUUUCUGUCACCAAUGCUUCAGCCGCUGAGACGUAACAGCUCGGUGAGCCCGGCAGUGGCGGCAGUGGCAACGCGACCGAUGGCCCUGGGCCCGUGCGUGCGGAAACAAAACAAUAGCUCGGCAUUAAGGACGGAAAGUCAAAAGGGCCAAAGAAUAGUCGACAAACAUGACCAGAGCGACAACGAAGAAAAAAAAACCAAGCGCAAAUCGGACAAGGGUGCUAUGCACGUGUUUGCUUGGCUGCAUUCUAGGCGUCUUGGUCAGGACGGCGUUGCCCCGCUGCCCCGCUGCCCCAUCUUUGACGGCCCCAAGUGGGAAGGACAUCACACGAGCACUUUCCGUGCUCGCUCGCGUGCGCUGCACCUGCCCGACGACACUCCCGCACCACAUGCAACGCACGAGACUCCUUCUUCACCCGCAAAGUACCUCCUAGUCUCUAAGUGUAUUAAUCUCGCAACGUCGGAUCCUGCCCAUUGAAACCUUGGGCUGUUCCCUUCGGUGAACCAAAACGGUCGUCUAGUUGGUCAUCAAUCAAGCCAUUCAUCAAUAGGUAGUCAAUUCUAUCCCGUGGAAUCAUUGCCAUUGCAC